GGUAGGUGUCGCUGCGCGCGCGGUCAGCAGGUCGCUCCACUCAGCACCGAGAGCAGCUCCAACCGGAACGUCCGAUACAAACCGCGGCACGUGCGGAGUCAAAAGAGAGCGAGACACACAGAGAGGGGGAAGAAGAAGAAUCAGCGAAGAAGAACUAGACUCCACCAUAACUCAAGGUAGCGAUCAGGAGAUGACUUUUUGGAUAUCUGUGGAUGACGAAAUCCUGCAGAGAGAAAACUCAGCCGAGCGGUCGGUCCAUCAGACAUGACUCCGAGGUGGUGGACUGAAGACAAUGCUGGAUGCCAUGGAAGUCCCAACUCAUGCUAGGCACCUCCUCUUGCAACUGAACACGCAACGCACCAAAGGCUUCUUGUGUGAUGUCAUCAUAGUGGUGCAAAAUGCUCUAUUUCGUGCUCAUAAGAACAUUCUGGCUGCCAGCAGCCUCUACCUUAAAUCCCUUGUUGUCCAUGACAACCUCAUCAACCUGGACCACGAGAUGGUGAGUCCAGGUGUUUUCAGAGUCAUCCUUGACUACAUAUACACAGGACGCUUAAGUGAAGGUGACCCCACCUCUCCCACAGAGCCCAACAUAGGUGCAGUACUGGCAGCUGCUAGCUAUUUGCAGCUGCUGGACUUGGUAGCCCUGUGCAAAAAGAAGCUAAAAAGAAAUGGGAAAUACCACUUACGACCCCCGUCUGGGUUUCUGCCUUACACUAAAAUGAGCCCCAGUGGAGUGCUGGGUGGUAGGCUGCGAGUGUCCACUCCAGUAAUACAGCCCUGCUUCCCUGGUGGGGUGAUGAGCACACCACGAGGCCCAUCAUUGGAGGAUCUACCACCCCAUUCCCUGGCCCCCCAUGUAGGAGAGCUUUAUGCUCCACUCCCUACACAGGGUCAGCAGCAUUACCCUCAUUCUCAAGCAACCCUGCCUCCACAACCAGGUCUACGUUUGCCUUCUGCAGACAGAAACUGCUCACCCAUAUAUGGCCUAGACCUCUCCAAGAAGAGCCCCAGCUCCCAGCAGCAUUCUACCCAUCCUCAUCUGAGUCACCCCAACGAGGAGCCAGAGGGGGAACUGAGUCACCGCACAAGCCCUCUUCUUAGUCCAACCGAUGGCUCAGGGAAAAUGGAGGCUGUGCAUCACACUGGCUCUCUCACUUCACGAUCUUUUCCCCUCCUCAACCAACUGCCCCAACUCCCUCGUUUUCAGCGUUCAAGUUCCCAGGGACAGGAGGCCUACCCCUGCCCUCCGAGCCCUGAGCCCUCAGAAGAACCAGGUGACCGCAGCAGGGAUGGUUCCAACAUUUACCGCUGGGUAAAGAAUGAGCCCAUGACCUACAGUGUGGAAGAUGAAGAUGAGGAUGAUGAGGAGGAUGAUAGUGGGGGCAUGGGUGAGCAGGAUAAAGACACACACCACCAACAUUUGAAUCACCACAAAAACAGUGAGGAGAAGUUGAACCUUAGUGAGGGAGGCUAUGACAGGCCAGUAACCUGUGAUGGAGAGGAUGAGAAUGGGACGGGCAGUGAGGAAACAGGCAGCAGUGAAGGCAGGCCAUCUCCCCCUGGUCCCCGUGGGAGGUAUCAUAUGCCUUAUGAGCCAGAGAGCUUUGGAGAUAACUUAUAUGUGUGCAUCCCAUGUGGCAAAGGGUUCCCUAGCUCUGAACAGCUCAAUGCCCAUGUGGAAACACAUGCAGAAGAGGAUCUCAACCAUGUGGGAGAGCUAGAAAACCCAAACAGCAACGGCACUGACAAACCCGCCAGCACCAAUGGACCGACAAACCUGAACAGCACUGGCAGCCUCCACAACACCUACUCAGACAGUAAAUUAGGGCAGAACCUACAUCCAGUGGGCAUUGGGGAAAUGAUUCGGCCAUAUCGCUGUGCCUCCUGUGAUAAAACUUACAAGGACCCGGCCACCCUAAGACAGCACGAGAAGACCCACUGGCUGACCCGCCCUUACCCCUGUAGCAUCUGUGGCAAAAAAUUCACCCAACGUGGCACCAUGACCCGCCACAUGCGUAGCCACCUGGGCUUAAAGCCUUUUGCCUGUGAUGCCUGUGGCAUGCGUUUCACUAGGCAGUACAGGCUCACUGAGCAUAUGCGCAUUCACUCUGGUGAAAAGCCAUACGAGUGCCAGGUUUGUGGUGGCAAAUUUGCCCAGCAGCGUAACCUCAUUAGUCACAUGAAGAUGCACAGCAGUGGUGGUAAUGGUGGAGGAUUCAUAUCCGAUGGCAAGCUGAAGAUGGACUUCUCUGAGGGCAUCUUUCCCCUAAGUAAGUAUGCAGCUGAACAUCUAGGCCUGAAACAGGAAAAGGCCUCUGAGCUUCUUGCACAGGCCUCCCAGCAGUUACUGGCAGAUGCCAAGGCCAUGGAAAGCCUUUAUCCGCUGUCCAAACUGACUGCAGAGCACUUAGGCCUCACCCAUGAUAAGAUGGAUGUCCUGCCACUGCCACCUGCCUCUCAACAGCUACCUGCAGAGGCACGCACCAUUGACCGUUACUCCCCCAGCUAGAGAGGAGACCACCAACUCUGUCUUCCAUCAGCAGAACUCAGCUGCCCAGCUAUGACACACAACAAAAUGCCUGUAGGCUGCCCACAGUAUUGUAACUCUCACCUCAACUUCAAUGAACCUGCACCUCAGACACAGAAGGAAAGAGACCUUUAGCCAGAAAAUUGCAUGCAGGAUGCAUUGACUGUUAAAAGUGCCUUUCUCUACACAUUUUGUAAUACAGCCAUUUUUUUUUAAAGGAGAACUGUUAUUUAUAAUUUGCUCCAACCAUGGACACACUCACGUAACAGUGCAGUAUUUAUAUUAAAGAAUAAGAUCCUUUUUAUUCAGCUUCGGAGCCAACCAGUCAAUUGAAAACCAAAAAGACAUUUUUAUUUAUUUUAUUUGUUUUUGUAUGUAAGUAAAACCCAAAGAAAAUAGCUUUCAAAAGAGUGUUGCAAUCAUACCCUUAACCUGUGUAAUAAGUGUGACUAUUGUAUAUAGAAUAAGUAACAAAGCACAUAUGAACAAUUUUCAGGGCUUCUGACCAGGACGGAAAAGGGAUUCUGGGCAAAAGAGAAAGCUGCAUCUUUGGAAUUUUAUGAUAAUUGGAGGACUUUUUGGAAUACUGGAUAUCUCCUUUAAAUCAGUUUCCUGCUUUGCUGAGUGGCCCAGCAUUCCCAUACAAAAAAGGGAGCAACUACGUGAAGCCAGUAAUUGUUCCAGCACUUUGGUAAAGUGACUUAAGCUUAUCUAUGCAUUGAUAUAGUAAGUCCCAUUUUGUAGAGAGAAUAUCCAGAGUGUCAUAUAUAGUUUGAAAUAUUUUACAUAUUAUAACCCACCUUCUUACAAGUGCCUUCAUACUGGUUGUUUAAAGAGAAAUAAGCAAAUCCGUUUGAGUGCACCACUGACAUAUUAUUGUUCAUAGUCCAAUCAUGCCAGUAAUCCAUGGUGGUGAAUUUAUGUGCAUCUGGUGAGAUAGACUAAGCAUGGGUGUUGCCUUUAAAAUCGGGUAAUAUUUACAAUUCAGCAAUGCAGCCCAAACAUUCUUCAGGAGAACACAGUGAACCCAUUAGAAAAGCGUCGAGCCUCAACAACACUCAAAACCAAACAAAUAGCAAUCGAAACAAAAGCAUUUUUUCUCCAGAUCCAGUGUAUAUAAACUCCAUCCAAGUAGCUCACAUUAUUUGAUAAAUAAUGAAUCUAAUAGCAUUUAAAGUAAACUUCCAUAAUCAGAGUAUACAUCACAGGGAGCUGCAUAGGCCCACUCAUGGUGUUGUUGCUUUCAGGUUAAUAUGUGAAGCUGUUAAUGUGACAGCCAUGAAGAUUAGACAUAGGGCACUCUCCCUGACACUGAUAGCAUGGAUAAAUCUCAGCACUCUCACUGCAGCUGCUCCACUCAGGAUAAGCCCUGUGAAAUCCCCAAUUCUCUGCGACUGUUCGUGCUGUCUGUCAGCCUGAUCCCAGAUUUCAUGGCUGCUAAGCAGUCUUGUGAUGUACACACUGCCUGGAUCACCCCAACUGCACACCCGAACACCACCUGCCCGUAACAUACAAGCAGCAAACCAAAUUUGCAAAGACAUAUUAUGUCUUAUUAUGUGACAUAUCAAUAUUAUUUAUACGCACCUGUACCUUAUACUUAUUUACCAAUGAUACUGGGAAUUUUCCUUUUUUUUUUGUUUUUUAAGAGGGGGGUUUAUUGACCACUAUUGACAUUUACAACCUCAAGAGGUAAAUGUGAAGACUUACUUAAGCCAUGAAUGCACUGUGAUAGGACUUAUAACCCUCCCAGCCUUAGCGAGCAUACUGAACAUGUUACAAUGUUGUAGGCAACUUCAGUACAUUGCCUUCUAGUGAUCUUUUUCUGUAGAAUGUCAUCAUGUUGAUGUUUGUUUUGGUUACAUUUGAUAGAUUGACUCUUAAACCAAAGUGAAGUGAAACUGGUGCUUACCUCAGGACCUGACCCAUCUCAGAAUGGGGACACAGUUAGGAAAUAGCUAAGCAUGUACACAGACACACAUAACACACACGCACUCACACACACACACACACACACACACACAUCCCCUCUUAAGGCAGAGUUGUCCUCUUUAAACCUGUGGUUAUUUCAAGAUUAUGAAAAUGUGUACAUGUUGUCAGUUUCUACAAGAGUCUAUAAUUCUUAACAAUGUUUCUGAGUAGUUUACUUGAGUCUCUUCUGUUCUUAUGUUUUCCUGGAUAUUUCUUCAUCAGCACCUGUAAAUAUUCCUGUGUAUGCAGCACAAUUCUGAACACUCCCUCUUCCCCAGAGCAAUAUCCAUCCUUAGUGUUAAAUGCUAUGCUGUAUAUAAAAAUGCGAUAGUGUUUAUCAAUAAUUCGCUGCAGUGAUAAACACUGGGGUUGACUUGGUAAAGAAGAAGCAUAGUUUCUAAAGUUGACUGACCCAUGUUCAGGGUGUGACUGAAGGAGCUUCAGCUGAAACCUUGGCAAUAACGCAUGACUGGGUUCCUACUCAGACUUUGUAUAUACUGACUAUUAAACUACACACAAGCAACCAGCAAAUUUGGGCUUUAGAGAAAUGCUGUGAUUUCCUAAUACAUUUGAAGUGGAUAGCAGGGAUUCAGACACACACACACAGUCACAGUGUAAACGGAAUACAAAUCUACUGACUCAAGCCUAUGGACAAUAUUACUACAAUAUUAUUACUAUUAUAAUAGUGAAAUCUGUGACCGCAGACAUAUUAAUGCACAUAGAAAAUGUGGAUUUUAGUCCUGGGGAUAUAAAUCUAACACUCCCCUUCUCUGCCAUUCAUUAAACACCUCUGGUCUCUCGUGGACUAUCUUUCUUCCUAUUUUAUACACUUUUUUUAUACCCAUUCCAAAAACUCAGAACUAUCUAUUUUCUGUACUGUACUAGAUAUAUUACAGUAACUUGGGAGAGUGCGUAGAGAAUUGGACAAAUAUACACAUGAGAAAGGUGACAUGGCGACUUGUGUAUUAGUCUAGGUGAGCUCUUUGAGUGAGCAGAGAGAGUGUGUGUGUGUUUCAGGGAAUGUAGUGAACUCAUCUCGGUAGUAGCAGUGAGCAGGAUGCAUAGUAUGGUUCUGCUCAAAAGCAGAUAACGCUAGUAGAGUGCAGAAGAGAUGAAGAGAGAGGAAAAGAGAGGUUAGCAGAGGUUGGGGAUUCCAAGUCUUGUCUUGAUUAUGGAAGAGUAAUCUAUGACUCCUUUCCAUUCAGAAAAGAAACGCAGUGUCUGGCCUGCUUUACAUUUUCUUUUGCUUCUUUUUCUUUUUCAUGCCUUUUUUACUCUGGACAGAGGCAGUGUUUGACAGUUUACAAAAAGUUGUUAACUCUCUGGUCACUCUUCUUAUUCAAAGAGUGGGCCAAGCGAAGAAAAGCAAAGCUUUGGAGAUGAAGAGAAAUAUGUGGAACAAUACACUGUACUAACCAUACUUCAAAAUCUGGUCCAAAGGAAAUAUUCCUCUCAGUCUGAGGAAGCUCCCUCAGUCAGAGCAGAAACCAAAGCUUACUGAAGCCAGCCUUAAAGUUUAUAUGGACAAAAUCUACUCAGCAGAAGAGUAGUAUAAACAUCCAAAUCAAGUGUGUUACUGUGGGUGUUUAAAACAUGGCCAUUGUGGUCCCACUAAAAUCUUAAUUCUAGCUGGUUCCUGUGGUCUAAAAUGUUAGAUUCAAUGAUGAACACAUGCAGAGGUAAUCUUAUCUAUCACAUACCACAAAGAUUCUUAGAAAUGUCUUAUUCAUAUUAUGAAUCAAACCCACGCAUUUCUGCAUAAAAGUAUCCAUCUAUGGUUAUGGAUGCUGACUCUUGCCUGAAUGAGAGCUUCUUAAGCUGUUUCUUUUCUGUCUGUUUGGAGCUUUGGUUGAUUAAGAAAUGGCCCAUAAAGCACCUGUCAAUUCGCCUUGCAUUUCAGCAAGAGAGAGCAUGUGCUAAAAAGUGCAUGAUCCAUGACAAACUUCAUUUUACUCAGCUGUUUCACAUUGACUUAUAACGAGGGCAUAUUUCGAGAAAAACCAUCGCCUCAUGAUUGUUCCUGCUCCAUGGCUAAUCGCACCACUCCCUCUCUCUCUACUCACACCAUCCCACCUUCUCCUGAUUCUAACUCACUGCUUUCUUUCACUUCUCUGGAAGCACCUUGGAUCUCUAUUGCGCUCCCUCCCACCGGCUGACCCAGAGCUCUGACCACAAGCCCAUGGCCGCACCUUCUGAUGAAGUGGCGUCCAGCUGCUCUUCUUGCUGUAGAAGACAGUUGUCUAAAUGUUUAUGCGAAAAACUAGUUUCUUUUUCUUCACACCCCUAUCAAGUUCCAUGAUAAACAUGAAGGCAUGUGUUAAGAUUCUCUGUGGGGCUAGAUCAGCUAAAUAAACAGCUGACGAUGCUAUCAUCUCAGACUUAGUUCCUAUAAAAAUGUGUCAUAGCUGGAGAUAAAACAGGGAUUGCUGUGACUGAAUAAAAGUCCAGGCUGGUAUAAAGACACAUGAGGGAGAAUACACUCGAUGCUAACAUGGAGAACACAGGGAGUGCACUAUUCUGUAUGUGCGUUGCUGUAGGAAGUGAACCUGGAAAUGAAAUAAGAGAA